AUGGCAGACAAGAUCUCAAUUACCAUCUGCGGUGACGGCGGCUGUGAGGACUCAUACUCGGUGACCCGCACCGUCGACGGACUCCCAUAUUUUCUUUCAAUCACCGACACCGCCGGCCAAGAAGAAUACCGCGGGCUAUGGACCGCAUCGACGGUCAAAUCAGACGCAUUCCUGCUGGUCUACGAUAUCACGAAUCCAUCCAGCUUGCAGACACUCGACUACUUUAUGGAGAUGAUCAACCUGGAAGCCGAACAGCGCGUGGAAGAUAAUGAUCGGCUGCGCAAGGAAUUGGUGAACAAGGGUGUGGACAUAAAGGAGCAGGUUGGGCUGCCGCCACCGGUGAAGAUCGUAGCUGGUAACAAGUGCGAUUUGAAGGAUGGGCGUGCAGUCACGGCGCGUGAUGGACUGGAGUAUGCGCGCAAGCAUGGCUGUGGGUUUAUGGAGACGAGUGCAAGGGAGAUGGUCAAUAUCGAGGAGACGUUUGCCCUGCUGGUCCGCCGUGUUACUGAAGCACGUCGUAUCCAUCAGCAAGGUACAUCGCCAAAUCGACGCCCACCGUCACGAGCGGGACAAUCAAUGCACACGACGGCAUUGCCACCGACAACGACUGAUGCCAGCGUGGGAGGAUCGCGCGAGACUCGCUCCCGACGCAGUCGAUUCUUCAGCCUUCGUAUCAGCCGGAAAUUCAGUAGACCAACAAGUCCGACCGAUAUUUGCAAGCGUCGGUCUUCGCGGGCAGAGAUAAAUGAGAAGGAGACAAACAAGGACGAAGAGGAUGUUGAGCCACGGGGCUGCUUUUUCAGAAGGCUGUGCUGCUGCCGCCGGGGAUGCUGA